CAACGAGGAUUUAGUUCGCUCAAUUUUUUCUUCUUUUUUUCUUUCUGUAUUCGUUGUACUCUCGAGAAUGGCUACCAUCGAAGGAGUUUCGAUUCUUUUGGUCACAGCAAACGUCGGCAGUAUCUUCGAAGAGCCUAGUGUCAUGUUAAAGAUAUGGACAGAAGAAUUUUUAUCGACCAUAUCGCGUCUAGAUUCGAAGUUUAUAGCGCUGCACUGCCAAGAAGUAGGUGGAAAAAAUUAUGAACAAAGUAUGAGACAUGUGGAAGAUUUUGUUAGGUUACUAAUGUCGUCGGAAGAACUAAGAUUGUUUGACAAAACAAGAGUAUUUCUAGAUGAAGAUUAUUCGUCGGCUGAACAUUUUACAGCACUGGGAAAUUUUUAUUUUAUUCAUGAGUCUUUAAAAGAUGUUUUAUUAUGGGAUUUCAAAGAAUGCUCAUUUGCAUCAGUAUGUGGCAAAGAAAUUCAUUCUGGCAAUAUAGAGGCAGUUACAACCAAAGAAAAAGCAAAGUUCCCUCAAGACUUUUUUCCCGAAUGUAAGUGGUCCAGAAAAGGAUAUUUGCGAACACGAUGGAGUAUUAGUGGAACAGUUUUUGAUCUCAUAAAUAUACACUUGUUCCAUGAUGCAAGUAAUUUUAUUGCAAUGGAAACUUUUCCAUCCGUUUAUAGUAAAACGCGCAGAAGAGCGCUGGAACAUACGUUAGAUAGAUUUCACAGUGACAAAUAUCCAAAAGCACCAUACUUUUUAUUUGGUGAUUUUAAUUUUAGAACUGAUACUGCUGGUGUAAUUAAGAAACUUACUGAAGAUACUCAAGAAAGAAAAUUAUCGAAUAAAGGGAAUAUUUCUAAAUUACAAUUUCACAACAAGGAAGAUAAUCUUGUAUUAUCAUUGGGGAAAAAAGAAUUUUCAUAUUAUGAACAUCAAAAUGUUUUUGUUAAUAAUAGUGGACAAUGGCUACGAGAAUAUGACAAGGAAUUGGAAGACUUUGAAGGAAGAUUGUUUGAAUUUCCGAUUAAUUUUAUUCCAAGUUAUCCUUUUCAAGAAGAUGUAAAUGAAGCCACAAGUUACAUGCAAACAAGAGUGCCAGCUUGGUGUGACAGAGUAUUACUGAGUCCCACAGCAAAGAUGCUAGUCCAAAAUAUAUCCUCUUCUAAUGCAGUAGAGUAUGGUAUAAUAGGAAGAACAACUUGCAUGGGUGAUCAUAAGCCAGUUUACUUGAGGGUUAAUCUCGCACCAGAAGCAGGUAUGAUUAAUUGCUGUAGCUUGCCAUGUGCACCAGAGUUUUGCUUUCGAGUUCCUGACAAUUACUUGGAUUUGUUACCAAUGUUGCCUGAUAGCACUAGUUACAUUAGUGCACGAACGCUCUCUGCUGAUCGUUCAUCCAACCUUUUGUACGCAGCACCUAUUAAGCAUGAUCCCUAUACUCCAGAUAGUAUGGACAGUCCAAGUCCAAAUGCUAUUUUAGUGUCAGGUGAAGUUCCUGAUAUAGAUAUCGAUCAUAUAAUUGAUACUAGUGACAGUGUUUUAACGCUUCAAUCAGCUCACUCGUCGAAUAUAACAAGACGUAUUGAUAGAGCUGUAUCUCCAGCUUUAUUGAAAUCAAAAUUAGAAUUAAUCGCACGUGAUAAAAAACGUGAAGCAGAUAUGGAACGACAAUUUAUUAUGAAAAAGAGUUCCAGUCAAUGUCGUUUACACUCAUGGCCUGAAACUCAGGAACAGUAUUCAGACAUAGAGAAAAGGAGAUGCAAUAGCGACAUUUUAUGGCAAAGAUCGCAUAUAUUAACUGAAGCUUGGAUCGAAGGAAAAGGCCAACAGGGAUAUCAUAAUUUUGAUGACUCUAUGAAUUUAUCAACUUCUAAUUUAAAUCAUCCUGGUGGUGAAUUGAUUAUACCACGUAUAGCAAUAAUAAAUGCAAGUAACAUUGAAUCCAAUGAAAGUUCAGUUUACUUGCAUGAUAAUAAAUGCAAUAAUUAUUCAGAGAAUAAAUCAAAUAUAUACUCAAGUAGUCAAACUAAUCUAACAUAUGAAGAGCCAUUAAAUGCAGAAAAAAGAAUUCAGGAAACUGGAUUGCAUCUAUUGUUAGCUGCAAACGAGGAAUCAUUGAAACAAGAUGUACAGAAAUAUUUAAAUGAAAAGUCAAUAGAAGAUAUAACAUCAGUAGGUAGCAAAAUAAACGAAUUAAUGGAAGAAACUUCUGAUGAAAAUAUACACAACGUACAAGAUCUACGAUCAAAUGUAGACGGUGAAAAUCAUUAUAGUGAAAUACAUAGAAGCUGUGAAGCAGAUAAUAUGUUAACUGAUAGUAAUGUGAAUUUAUGUGUUUCAAGAGAAAAUUUGGAAAGUGAGGAAAUUCAUUCCAAAGAAUUUUGUAUCAAAAUUGAUAGUACAAGUAUAGAGGAGUGUAGGAAACAAGAUAGAGUAGUUAAUACACAGUCACAAAUUUCGGAUCAAGACAAGUGUGAUAGUGACAUAAAAACAGCAUCUUCGAGUGUAUGUAGGACAAUAGGUAACGAUGUAGAGAUAUUGAGGUGUGAGAGUAAGCAAGAGAUGGCUUCCAAAAAUACUACUAGAAGUAAUUCAAUAAAAAGUCAGGAUAUUAGCGAUAAUACAGGGAAUGUUAGAUUGAAAUUAAAAGCAUACAAAGUAACGCAAAAAUAUAAAAAUAAUAUUGUACAAAAGCAGAGUAGAUGUCAAAGAUGUUGCUGCGUUGUUUCAUGAGAGUCAUUAUUCAUUAUUAUUUUCUUAAAAGGUCCUACUUUUUCUAUUCCAUGUUUUUCAUUAUAACUAUUAUCACUUCCAUAGAGUAUUUAUUUAACAUAAAUCGUUCUAUUUCAUCUUUAUAUUUCCAGUUCAAAUUAUGACUGAUUAUGACUGGUAUAUAAAUCAAAGAUACAUUAUUUAAAUAUUUCUUAUAAAGAAAUAGUAUUACUUUUUCUUAUGUGCCUUAAGAAGUUAUAAUGUAGUAAGUAGGAAGAAAGAAAAACUAGAAAAAUGUAGAAUGAUAAUAGAAGAGAAUAAUCUUAAUAUAUUUUAUGUGAAAAUAAGAAUAAUAACACUCGAACAUUAUAUCUCAUUUAAAAUUAGAUUUUGUCCGAUUUACUUCCUGCUUAUAUUUGUAAAAAUAUAUUUUCUUUAGUUGCAUGUAAUGUGACGAUUUUAGUAGAUGCAUCCGAAGCUUUAUCAUACUGCCUUGAUAAUUAUUUUCUAACAAAUGCUAUUGAAAUACAAAUUUAUUUUGCACUCUAAGAUUCGCAAUGAAUAUCUUUAUAUUUAAACUAUAUGAAUUUAAUUAUAAUACUUGCCUUAUUCAUAAUGCAUGUUUGAAAUAAACCAGACAUAGUUUUAGAACGUUAUUAUUUCUAAAAAAUUAUGUUUGAAAUCUAAGAUAUCAGUAUUUUUUAUGCGAAAUGACGACUAUUUUAUUUUUAAAUAGUUUCUGAUUUGAUAGUCAACAAAAAAUAAUGUCAAUUGUACUAUUACAUAAUGUCUUCUUAGGUUUAAUUUCAAUUUCCUAUUGAAAUCCUGCUUUUUUUAACGCUUCAGAAUGUAAAACUUCUUAAAAUAAGCAUGUCUCAAUCUUUCUUGCAUGUAAAGUGAUAUCUAGGAGACUUAUUUAUAUCUAUAAAGCAAUUAUUAUAUCAAGAUGUGUAUGUAUACAUGUAUAUACUACAUCUGAUAUGUGAACUUAAUAGCCAAAGCUCUAGAUUUGUUAUAAUUCUAAAAUAUAUAUUAAUUUAUCUAAUAAAUAUUGUGAAAAUAUGA